AUGGAUCCCAAAUUCACAGAGGUGUCCCAAAUAUUCCAGCUAUUCAAAGCGGCGUUUGUACGGAAGGAUUUUGAUACUUGCAUAAAACUUCUCUCUCAGCUCAAGGUUAUGUUGACAGAAUUUAAGAGUCUACCUCCAUUAUUUGAAGAAAUGCCAAAUGCCAUCCAGGAACGGACGCUUGCUAGGGACAUAUACGAGCAUGCAGUCUUUCUAAGUGUAAAGAUUGAGGAUCAGGAUGCUUUGGAGAGGGAUUUUUUCCAACUGAAACCUUAUUAUACAGAUACCUAUGGUCUACAACCAUCCUCUCAGGAGCAUCCAAUAUUAGGUCUCAACCUUCUGAGACUCCUCGUGCAAAACAGAAUUGCUGAAUUUCACACUGAGUUGGAAUUGCUUCCUUCUAGUGCUUUAGAGAACCCUUGUAUCAAGCAUGCAAUUGAAUUGGAACAAUCCUUCAUGGAAGGAGCUUAUAACCGUGUGUUGAGUGCUAGACAGACUGUACCUCAUGAAAUUUAUGUUUAUUUCAUGGACUUGCUGGCGAAGACAGUGAGGGAUGAGAUUGCUGGAUGCAGUGAAAAGGCUUAUGACAGUCUUUCAAUAAACGAUGCUCGACAAAUGCUGCUGUUUUCUUCUGACCUAGACUUGGUUAAAUAUAUUGAGGAGGAACAUCCGGAGUGGGAGAUAAGGAAAGGUUUUGUGUUCUUCCAAAGAGCUAAAGAAUCUGCACCUUGCAAGGAGAUUCCUUCUCUGCAACUGAUCAACCAGACACUCAGUUAUGCAAGGGAGCUGGAACGGAUUGUGUGA